CUUCUAUAUAUUUGACUCUGGACCAUCAUUUCCGCCAUGGCCUCAGCUGAGUGGCAAGAGCUGGCUGAGGCCAUGAGGGCAGCACUCUGGGCCUUGGGAGUCGGGCGCCUUGUCCUCACUCUCUGGGCGGUCCCCAUCGAUGGUCCAGAUGCUCUGAGGCUGGCGUACAGACAGAGUCAGUGUGACGGAGUGGUGCUGGUCCGACACGAGGGUGUGUGGGGGCAUGUGUGCAACCAAGAGUGGACGCUGGCGGAGGCUUCCGUGGUCUGCAGGCAGCUAGGCUGUGGCUCCGCUGUGGGCGCCCCCAAGUACGUCCCACUGCCUGGAGAGAUGGUGCUGCCCAGGCUGCACAACGUGUCCUGCAGGGGCGAUGAGACCUCCCUGUGGGACUGCAGCCUCGGGGCGUGGACGCAGAGCCGCUGUCCCCAUGAGUGGUUGGUGGUGGCACUCUGCUCCAAUGGCACUUUCCGCGAGAUCCGGCUGGUGCAGGGCCGAAGCCCCUGCUCUGGGCUCCCGGAGAUCAGGAACGUGAAUGCGGCGGACCGCCUGUGUGGCCUGCACAAGGAGGAGGCCACUGUGUUCUGCCAGGAGCUGGGCUGCGGCCCCGUGCUGCAGGCUUCCCGCCAGGACGUGGGCAUUGUCAGGAAGUACAUGACCUGCAAGGGCACAGAGCCCACCAUCCGGAACUGCAGGCUCAACAACAACCUCCGCGGUGGCUGCGACUUCCAGCAGGAUGCCGAGGUGGUCUGCUCAGGACACACCGAGGCCCGGCUGGCGGACGGCGAGCACCCCUGUGCUGGGCGUCUGGAGGUGAGGCGCGGCCUGACCUGGGGCACCGUCUGCGACGCUGAUCUGGACCAGGCCACGGCCCAGGUGGUGUGCCGGGAGCUGCAGUGCGGCUCAGCCGUGUCCAUGCCUGGCAUCUCCCUCUUUGGCCCGGGCUCCGGGGUCGUGUGGACGGAGGCCUUCCACUGUGUGGGCAACGAGUCCCUGCUGUUCCACUGCCCUCAGGGUCCCGGGCACCAGUGUGGGCACAACCAGGAUGCUGGGCUCAGGUGCUCAGAGUUCCGGCUGGUCAACGGCAGCCACAGCUGUGAAGGGCGAGUGGAACUCCAGGUUCAGGGGGCCUGGGCGCCCCUCUGUGCUGCACACUGGGACUUAGCAGAUGCCACCGUCCUCUGCCACCAGCUCAACUGUGGCAGUGCAAUGGCCACACCUCGAGGAGGCCAUUUUGGGGGCGGGGACGCUCCUAUCUGGUCCGACGUGUUUCACUGUGUGGGGACAGAGCCCUAUUUGUGGAAUUGCCCAGUGAGCACCUUGGGGGCACCCGCCUGUGCCCCGGGAAACGUGGCCACCGUGGUCUGCUCAGGUCUCUCCCACACCCUGCGGCUGAGGGACGGACAGAGCCACUGUGAUGGCCGCGUUGAGGUGUCCCUGGACGGCGUGUGGGGCCGUGUUCUGGACGACUCGUGGAACCUACACGGCGCAAUCGUCGUGUGCCGGCAACUGGGAUGCGGAAGGGCCCAGCGAGCCUAUGAUGCGCCUGCGCCCAGGCGUGGGGCCGUCGGGGUGGGGCUGAGCCGAGCGCGCUGUCUGGGCACUGAGACCCUCCUGACCCAGUGCAACGUGUCCAAAUCCCUGCUGGUGCCCGCGGGGGCCUCGCGGGACGUGGGCGUCGUGUGCUCUGGGAGCCACCGGGUACGGCUGGCAGCGGGGCCCGGCCGCUGUGCAGGGCGCGUGGAGGUGUUCCACGGAGGCGCGUGGGGCACAGUGUGUGACGACGGCUGGGACCUGCAGGACGCACACGUCGUCUGCGAGCAGCUGGGCUGUGGCCGCGCCCUCAGCGCCCUGGGGGCCGCGCACUUUGGGGCCGGGUCGGGUCGCAUCUGGAUGGAUGAGCUGGGCUGCAGGGGCAACGAGUCUGCGCUGUGGCAGUGCCCGUCGAGGGUCUGGGGCCAGCACGACUGUGGACACAAGGAGGACGCCGGCGUCUUCUGUUCAGGGUCAGUGGCUCUGAGGCUGCGAGGUGGCAGCCAGCUCUGUGAGGGGUGGCUGGACGUGUUCUACAAUGGGACGUGGGGUGGCGUGUGCAGUAACGCCCUGAAGGACACCUCCUUGUCUGUCAUCUGCAAGCAGCUGGGCUGUGGGGAGCAGGGCUGGCUGGAGAACAGGCCUGUCCACACUGGCCUGGACACCUCCUGGGUGGACAACAUUGAGUGCCGCAGGCUGCAAAACUCCACGCUGUGGCACUGCCCGUCAGCCCCAUGGCAUCCACACUCCUGUGCCCGUGGAGAGGAGGUCUGGAUCACCUGUGCAGGAUUGUCAGAGAAAACGUGGCAGGAAUCCUGGGAGACCCUCAACUGCUUAUCCACCCACAGCUGCCCAGAGGAGGGCGCCGUGCGCGUGCGCGGGGGCGAGGACCGCUGCUCCGGCCGCGUGGAGCUGUGGCACGCCGGCUCCUGGGGCACCGUGUGCGACGAUUCCUGGGACCUGGCAGACGCUGAGGUCGUGUGCCGCCAGCUGGGCUGUGGCCGGGCCAUGGGCGCCCUGGCGGGGGCUGCCUUUGGUCCUGGCUCGGGUCCCGUGUGGCUGGACGAGGUGGCGUGCCGGGGCAGCGAGGCGUCUCUGUGGGGCUGCCCGGCGGAACCGUGGGGACGCGCAGACUGUGGACACAAGGAGGACGCGGGCGUGCGCUGCUCCCGUGACAGGGGUACCACUGUCCUGCCAUUGGCAUCAGGCCCCACCCUGGUCCCUCUAUCUGCGCUCAAGGCUGGGACCAUGCCCAUGACCUUCUGCCUUGUCCUGGGCACCCUCCUGGGCAUCGUGUCCCUGGUCCUGGGGGCACAUUGGUACCGCAGCCGAGGUUCUGGAAUGUUGGGGAACCUUCCCUUGGAAGGGGUUUAUGAGGACAUUGGAGCCGUCUCCAUGGGGGAGAAAGAUGAGGAGCCCAGUGUGUCCUGGGACCUGGUGCUGGAGGAGUAUGACGAUGCCUGGGAGCCAGAGUACGGCCUGGACGAUGAGGACGAGGACGGGGACGAGGAUGGGGGCCUGCCCCUGAGCCCCACAGGCCUCGCCGAGGACUCCGUGACUCUGCUGAGGGGCGAGAGCCGCUGCGAGGGCCUGGUCACCGUGCAGCGCGGAGGGCAGCAGGGCAUGGUGUGCGGAGACGGCUGGGGCCCGGGCGAGGCGGACGUCAUCUGCCGGCAGCUGGGCUGCGGCCGCGCGCUCUUCGCGCCCACGUAUGUGCUGUGGCCCUCGGAGAGGCAGCGGUCCCUGCUGCAGGCCGUGCAGUGCCAGGGCGGCGAGGCCUCGCUCUGGGACUGCUCGCUGGGGCCGUGGGGGCCCGCGCGGGGCUGCGCCUGUGAGUGCAUCAGCGCCCUGCACUGCUCAGGUGGGAGGCCGGUCACCGAGCAGCUGAGUGGAGGAAGCAGCCCCUGUGCGGGGACCCCUGACAUCCUGUUUGGAGACGGCUUUAACGUGAAUUGUGGCUUGCAUGCAGAGGAGGCCAAUGUGUUCUGCAGGAGACUAGGGUGCGGCCAGGCACUCCAGGCAUCCAAAACCCUCCCCAGCCCAAAGGUCGUGACCUGUCAGGGAACAGAGUCCAGCAUCUUAAACUGCAGGUUCAACUUGAACGUGUGGACGUAUUGCACACAUGAGACGGACUCCCAGGUGGUGUGUUCAGGACACACCGAGGCCCGGCUGGCGGACGGCGAGCACCCCUGUGCUGGGCGUCUGGAGGUGAGGCGCGGCCUGACCUGGGGCACCGUCUGCGACGCUGAUCUGGACCAGGCCACGGCCCAGGUGGUGUGCCGGGAGCUGCAGUGCGGCUCAGCCGUGUCCAUGCCUGGCAGCUCCCACUUUGGCCCGGGCUCCGGGGUCGUGUGGACGGAGGCCUUCCACUGUGUGGGCAACGAGUCCCUGCUGUUCCACUGCCCUCAGGGUCCCGGGCACCAGUGUGGGCACAGCCAGGAUGCUGGGCUCAGGUGUUCAGGGGAAAGGUUCCAGCUGGUCAACGGCAGCCACAGCUGUGAAGGGCGAGUGGAACUCCGGGUUCAGGGGGCAUGGGCGCCCCUCUGUGCUGCACACUGGGACUUAGCAGAUGCCACCGUCCUCUGCCACCAGCUCAACUGUGGCAGUGCAAUGGCCACACCUCGAGGAGGCCAUUUUGGGGACGGGGACGCUCCUAUCUGGUCCGACGUGUUUCACUGUGUGGGGACAGAGCCCUAUUUGUGGAAUUGCCCAGUGAGCACCCUGGGGGCCCCCGCCUGUGCCCCGGGAAACGUGGCCACCGUGGUCUGCUCAGGUCUCUCCCACACCCUGCGGCUGAGGGACGGACAGAGCCACUGUGAUGGCCGCGUUGAGGUGUCCCUGGACGGCGUGUGGGGCCGUGUUCUGGACGACUCGUGGAACCUAUAUGGCGCAAUCGUCGUGUGCCGGCAACUGGGAUGCGGAAGGGCCCAGCGAGCCUAUGAUGCGCCUGCGCCCAGGCGUGGGGCCGUCGGGGUGGGGCUGAGCCGAGCGCGCUGUCUGGGCACUGAGACCCUCCUGACCCAGUGCAACGUGUCCAAAUCCCUGCUGGUGCCCGCGGGGGCCUCGCGGGACGUGGGCGUCGUGUGCUCUGGGAGCCACCGGGUACGGCUGGCGGCGGGGCCCGGCCGCUGUGCAGGGCGCGUGGAGGUGUUCCACGGAGGCGCGUGGGGCACAGUGUGUGACGACGGCUGGGACCUGCAGGACGCACACGUCGUCUGCGAGCAGCUGGGCUGUGGCCGCGCCCUCAGCGCCCCGGGGGCCGCGCACUUUGGGGCCGGGUCGGGUCGCAUCUGGAUGGAUGAGCUGGGCUGCAGGGGCAACGAGUCUGCGCUGUGGCAGUGCCCGUCGAGGGUCUGGGGCCAGCACGACUGUGGACACAAGGAGGACGCCGGCGUCUUCUGCUCAGGGUUCACAGACCUGAGGCUUCAGGACAGAAGCCAGCCCUGCGCUGGGCGGCCGGAAGUUUUCUACAAUGGUACGUGGGGUGGCAUCUGCCAGUCCCUGAGUCCUGCCUCCCUGGAAGUCCUGUGUGGGCAGCUGGGCUGUGAGCACCGCGGGCAGCUUCAGGCUGGGGUCGUUUCCCGGAAGGCCCCUGGGGUCCUCUGGGUAGCCUCCAUUAGGUGCCGGAACAAGCACGAAACGUCCCUGUGGCAGUGCCCCUCAGCCCCCUGGGACCCGCACUCCUGCUCCAGCCAGGAGGAAGCCUGGGUUGUAUGUGCAGAAAAGGCGGGACCAGCUCCUCAGGACCCUGGGGAGACCCUCAACUGCUCAGCCACUCAGACCUGCCCAGAGGAAGGCGCCCUGCGCGUGCGCGGGGGCGAGGACCGCUGCUCCGGCCGCGUGGAGCUGUGGCACGCCGGCUCCUGGGGCACCGUGUGCGACGAUUCCUGGGACCUGGCAGACGCUGAGGUCGUGUGCCGCCAGCUGGGCUGUGGCCGGGCCAUGGGCGCCCUGGCGGGGGCUGCCUUUGGUCCUGGCUCGGGUCCCGUGUGGCUGGACGAGGUGGCGUGCCGCGGCAGCGAGGCGUCUCUGUGGGGCUGCCCGGCGGAACCGUGGGGACGCGCAGACUGUGGACACAAGGAGGACGCGGGCGUGCGCUGCUCCCGGCCUGGCCCCCGCCUCCUGUCGGCCCCAGAGCCCUGCCUGACGCUCAGGGUGGUCAGUGCAGUCCUGGCUACGCUUCUCGGUCUCCUCGUCCUGGGCCUCCUGGGCCUCCUGAUCCUGCUACGAGUCUCACGAGCCAAGCAGAGAGGUCUGGGAAGCUCUGAGGCAUCUCCUGAAGAACCCCUGUAUGAUGUCAUUGGGGAACUGCCUGUAGUGUCGCUGUACGAGGAGAUUGGGGAGGCUGAGGGUAAGCCCCAGGGUGAAGAGGACCAGGGUGUGGCCAGGUGCAAUGGCAGGUGUGUCUGCAGCUCUGAGGGUGAGCCUGGGGGCGGGGCUCUGGAGGACCAGCAGGAGGGGGCCGCUGACCACAGGGUGCUUGGAUAUGAGGAGUCCGUUGGGUACGGGGAAGGCAGGAUCAAACCAAUGAGGGCGGAAUGGGCUGCCGGACUCCAGUCAGAGAGGGCAUGUCUGAGGUGGGGGAGGCCAGGAGAGGUGGCGAACCUCAAGGAUGAAGAGUCUGCAGUGGAGGAGGGUUAUGACGAUGCUGCAAUUCCACUGGAGGAGACGACGCCGUGA